AUGGGCGACAAGCCUUGCACCGUGAGGACGCGCAAGUUCAUGACCAACAGGCUUCUGCAGAGGCGUCAAUUUGUCCUCGAUGUGCUGCAUCCAGGAAGCGCGAAUGUGAAGAAGGCGAGGCUGCAAGAGCUUCUUUCAACCAUGUACGACGUCAAAGAUCCGCAGACGAUCAUUCUCUUUGGGUUUCGAACGCAGUUUGGUGGAGGCAAGUCUACGGGCUUCGGGUUGAUCUAUGACAGUUUGGAUGCUGCAAAGAAAUUUGAACCCCAAUACCGGCUAGUCAGGAAUGGUCUGGCUACUCGGGUGGAGAAAUCCAGGAAGCAGAUCAAGGAGAGGAAGAACCGUGCGCUGAAGGCCCGUGGUACCAAGAAGGAGCCAAUCCUGAUGAAGGGAAAGCAUGCUAAGAAGUAG